AUGCAAACAGUUCCUCCCGGAGACCUGGAGGUCGUCUGGGAGCGCCCGUUGGCAGUUCACUUCUGACACUUUACUUAUGAGUGCACGCCAGUUAGCUGGCUAGAGUGGACUGUCGGAUCAGGCCGUUUUGUCAAAACUGCUGAAGAGAAAGAACAUGGUGCUAACAACACUGGAGUACCAGAAAAUGUUCAGAGCUCAAAUUCAACAAAUACGCCAACAACAAUUAAUGGUAUCCCUAACGUUCCGGUCAGUAAUAGAGAGGUAACAGAACACCUGCCUCCAGAGGCGGAACACGACCGACUUACUUACACCGUCCCUAUCUCGCAAAAACUACACAACACGACUUACGCACAGGCAACGUGUACUAAAACUACAUAUUACAACACAACACCACAAUUCACAACUGCUCAAACGACGAGUGUAACUCCUCACUACUAA